CAGAUGCAAAAACACAGAGGAGGAGCGAUACUGAUUCUCAGUCGUUUAUUUGCCGUAGUCCCAGGUUUUACAUCUCUCCUUUACAAUUAACCCAGUUACUUAAAAUUUUUAUAUUUGUGAAAUAGAGUUCCAUAUAGUCUUACAAAAAUGAAGAUUUAGAAACUCAUUAAAGCAAUUCCAAAAAGCAUUAAUAGCGGGGAAACAUGAAGCACCCGCGAAUGUGGACUGCCCUCUGCCUCAUGACCGUCUUCUAUCAACUAGGGACCUCUGCCAAUAGAUACGGUUGUCUCUUUGAGAAACGAUUGUGUUCACGACAGGAACUCUGCCUUAGUGAUGGCUUGUUUGGUCGCUGCCAGGAUCCCUUGACUCGUGAGAGGGUGCUGUACGAGGUGUCGGUCCCUGUGCUCCACAGACUGCAGGAGGUGCUCAAGCAGCUCAUGAUGCUAGGCUUGUCAUGGCAAGAUGACAUCACACAGUACAUCAUCUCCCAGGAGAUGGCUCGGGUCCCUCGAGUGUACUCCUCCCCCUCGUCCAAGGAGGCUGACGUGGACAAGUCCCUGCAGCCUUCUUCUGGGAAGCUGAGCUACCUGGGUUCCAGGCCUCGCCCUGGGCCUGAUCAGCUGUCCCCCUCCCUGAUCCAACGUUACCUGGACUACAUGGUACCUGACCCCUACUCCUACCGCAAGUACGGAUACCAGGACAGUAAGAAGCAGCUGGGUGCUCUCAGUACAGGGGACCCCCGCCCGGGUUCUCUACAGGGGGGGUCUCGGCAGAGCGACAGAGACCGGCAGCUUAUGCGGGACCUCCUGAUGUUGUAUCUCUCUGGAGGUGAUGCCUCAAGCCAGCCUGGGGCAGCAGCCACCCCGUAUUACCAGGACGACUACACACAGGACUACAGAAGGGGCAAGAGCAAGGACCACAUAGAGGACUAUGGAGACCUCAGACCUUUGGAUGACCCAGUCAUGCAGAGAUUGAGGGACAUGCUGGAUAAACACGGGAUUGACCUUCGAGAUCUGAGUGACCAGCAGCUGGCCAGCCUCACUGCUGUGCUUCAGCUUCUGCAGGGCACACAGGAGAGCACAGAUCACUUUGAGGACAAUGCGACCCUGAUUAAAAAGGAAAUGGUCACAGAAGGUCACAUGAUGCACCUGGGUGAGACGGAGACUGACCCUUCAGAGAAACAGACUGAUCAAGAGUCCCCGGACACCACGAGUGGCCAGCCUGCCCUUGGGCCCCUGACAGGCAGCCCUGACAGCCCGGACAAAGAGAGCAAGGGAGGUGUGGAGUCCAGCAGCGUGCCCCAGGUGGAGAAUAAGAGUGAUCAGAGGGUGGAGACCACAGGGAUCCCAGCGCACCACAAAGAAGAGUACGGCUACAUUGUCACCAAUCAGAAGCCCCUGAGUCUAUUUGAUGGCGUGAGGUUACUGGAAACCCUGGCUGAGAGGAUCCACCUUACCACCAGCACUUUUAUCAACAUCAGCGUUGUGGGUCCAGCUCUGACCUUCCGCAUCAGGCAGAACAACCAGAACAUGAGCGUGGACGACGUAGCCAACAAAGCUGUGGCUGAGAAGACCUUUUUGGAAUCAGAGACUGGACUGAAGAUCAUACAGACUGGCGUGGGGGAGAGGAAUGAAGGCCAUGCUCUCGCGCUGGCUGUGCAGGGUCGAGACACUUCACGCUGGUUGUCCCUGACGCUUAUUGGGGUGGCCUGUGUGGGAGGGAUCCUCCUCACCGCCUUCACCAUCGCCUGUCUGAGACAUCACUUCCGGCAGCAUGGUGCUGGCAAGCUGGGAUUGUGGCCAGAGGGGGGCAGCAACACGCACUUUGAAUACCAGGAGCUGUGUCGUCAGCACAUGGCAGCGAAGACAUCGUUUAGCCGGCAGGAAGCAGGGGGCACAGACACCUCCCGGGUCAGCAGCGUCUCCUCACAGUUCAGUGAUGCCCCCCAGGCCAGCCCGAGCUCUCACAGCAGCACCCCCUCCUGGUGUGAGGAGCCAGCGCAGUCCAACAUGGACAUCUCCACUGGGCACAUGAUCCUGGCCUAUAUGGAGGACCACCUGAAGAAUAAGGAUCGCCUGCAGAAGGAGUGGGAGGCACUGUGCUCGUACCAGGCAGAGCCAAGCAUCUGCUCUGUAGCACAGAGUGAGGCCAACCUCAAGAAGAACAGGAACCCAGACUUUGUGCCCUAUGACCAUGCUCGAGUGAAACUGAAAGCGGAGAUCAACCCUUCCAGGACUGAUUUCAUCAAUGCCAGCACAAUAAUUGAACAUGACCCAAAGAUGCCUGCUUACAUCGCCACCCAGGGCCCUCUGUCACACACCAUCGCUGACUUCUGGCAGAUGGUGUGGGAGAAUGGCUGCACCGUGAUAGUGAUGAUGACCCCACUGGUGGAGGACGGAGAGAAACAGUGUGACCGCUACUGGCCCGACGAGGGCUCCUCCCUCUAUCACAUCUAUGAGGUGAACCUGGUUUCAGAACACAUCUGGUGUGAAGAUUUCCUGGUGCGCAGCUUCUACCUGAAGAAUGUCCAGUCCCAGGAAACCCGAACUCUCACCCAGUUUCACUUCCUGAGCUGGCCAGCGCAAGGCAUCCCCACCUCCACACGCCCGUUGCUGGAUUUUCGCAGGAAGGUGAACAAGUGCUACAGGGGCCGAUCCUGUCCAAUUAUUGUACACUGCAGUGAUGGUGCAGGUAGGGCUGGGACUUAUAUCCUGAUUGACAUGGUACUCAACCGAAUGGCUAAAGGAGUGAAGGAGAUUGAUAUUGCAGCCACACUGGAACACAUUCGUGAUCAGAGGCCUGGCAUGGUCCGCACAAAGGACCAGUUUGAGUUUGCACUGACAGCAGUCGCUGAAGAGGUCAAUGCCAUUCUGAAGGCUUUGCCCCAGUGAUUUCAGAGUGAGGUGCAUCAUGAGGUGGGGUGGAGAUUGAACCGCUAGCAAACCUGACCUUUAAUAUGCAGACACCACUACAUGAGCACACGACAGCCCCGCCCCUGCCCUUUCAUAAGUGAAGUUAUCCAAACCCAAUCUGUGAAAUAACAAAGCUCAGUGUUGGUUACAAUCUGGGAAUUGAUUCAUAUACAGGCAGCAAAGUCCUCACGCAAAAUAUAUUAUAUUACAAACAUAUUUUUCUGAUUCUAUACACUUGCCAAUUACAAGUUUAAUAAGUAUGUAUCCAUGCAUGUGUUGUGGACUUUUUGUAGUAAUUUUUAAUCUCCUUCCAUUUAAAGACCUGCUUUUGGAACAGGAUAAAAUAUUAUAGAAACAAAGAAUUUAACAUCAGGGUGCCGAUUAUAAAGUGAGGGGGUGGAAAAACAGAAAACAAAAAUAAAACCAAAGUGGUAAUUACUAAUGGAACCAAUUAAAAAAAUGUUACCUGUUACGCAUUUCUAUUGUAAAAUGACUCCUGAUACCACAGAGGUUAAAGGAAAACAGGUGCAAUGCAUUCUGGCUGUCUAGCUUUUCCAAGCUCAGUCCACUAGAGAAUGAAAUUCUCCCCAGGCAGCAGACUGAUAGCUGUUUGUAACGUAGUAUGUUUGCUAAACAAAAUGCACAUACGAUCUGCAUUCUGAAUAGGAGUGCAUGACAGAGAACAUUUGUGGAUUUUUUUUGGUUUGUUGCUAGAACUACACGUUUUCAUGUCAAGAGCCCCCCAAGUGGGUAAGUAUAACUAGAUGGCAUUACAACCUUUAUUCAGUGAUAAAUCAGAAGGCAAUAGGUUAGCAUACUACAGUUGUUGUGUGUUUUAGACUUGCCUCUCAAUUAAGUGAUGUUUCUUUAAAAGCAAACAGAAAUGUUAAUGACAAUCAACGUUAACCAGGAGGUUUGUGUUCCAUAUUAUGUCUUUGAUUUGAUAGGUUUUUUAACAUUGAAAAAGAAAGCUGUUUGUGUCCUUUCAGCACUUUGACUUAGCAUCAAAUUGGAAAUGCAGAUUGCAUUAGCCUGUAAGUGGCCUUGUGUUUCUUUUUACAAAUGAUCAACUGUAUAGUGAUUUGAGAGGAAAGUCUGAAAAACAUGUAAAUAAAUAAGUACUAUUGCAUAAUGUGGUUUUAUUGUUUACGAAAAGGAUUCCUAUGCAGAUUAUACAAUAAUUAUGAAAAUCAGUAAAAACUAAAUUAAUAAAUAAAUAAAGUAUACAACUCUGGGUAUAAAAAUUAUGAAUAAAUAAAUCAUUUUGAACAAAUUUUGAUCCAAAAAUCAGGGUCAGACCCUAACCUCCCCCUCUCACAACCAGAAGAGGCACAGUUAGAACCAGUAGCCACCAAUAAACCCCUUUAGCACCUACAAGACAAAUAGGUAUAUAGGCUUAGUGGAAUAUUUAAAGUUCUUUUCAAUUUUAUCCAAAAACCUAAAAAGUAUUAGCUUUCAAACACCUUCAAACCUAUCAAAGAGACUCCAGUUUUCAUGCAGGGGUAAAUUCCAUGAACUAAUCAAAUGUGUGCCUAAGCAAUUCAUAAGCAAAUGUGGGAAAGCAUUUCAUAAUGUCAUUUAAUUGACCAGACAUUCUCAUAUGAGUCUCACUAAAAGUCUAUCCUGUCUGUUCUAAAAGCAGGUCACUAGUUUGUAACAAAAACCUUCCUUAAAAUCACAAGAUACUUUUCAAACUCAUUCUGGUUAUUUUAGUAAUUUUCUAACUGUCUUGAGGUUGCGUGUCUGUAUUUAUCCGCCCAGUUCAUAUAAUUUGUAAUUUGAAACAUUUGCUGUACAAGUUCUGUUCUAAGACCACUUCUGUGUAGGGCACACCACUCUGCUAACCUCUCCAGUGGGUAGUCUAGACAUGGACACAUGUUUGUAUAACUGAGAGUGGAGAGCCUUUUCCAAAACAUACCCUUAAUAUGUGAGAACAUUUUUGUUUGUGUGAGUCUUGUUAUCAUAACAGAUACAUGUAGCACUGUGCCCCCUAAAUUUAUUCCAGGCUUAAGUAGGGGAUCAGGAAUUUGAUUAAUUCACCAUGGCAACAGUACAUUCUCUUGGAAGUCUGACUACGAGCACCAAGGUUUAAGGUAAACUGAAAGAAAUGCCUGAGCUCUACAGUAUUGAUUCUGUAUGGCUCAGUAUCAUCUACUAUAGAGAACUCCAGCCUCUCUACACCCUUCAUCAUUGCAUUAAAACAGGAAGACUUCUCUGUAAUAUAUAGAGAAUAAUACUUGGUAGUGUAGGAUAAUAGAAUUUAUCACACACAACCCCGUGUAGUAUUUUUUAUGGUCUCUGGUGAGCAAUUGUUUUUCCCAGCUAAGAAGCAAGCAAGAGAAGACAGCAGCUGUGUGCGGUGCAGUUAGAAUUGCUUUUAGUUUGGCAGCUUGUGCUGGAGGCACACUCUGGUACCGGUGCUGUGUCCAGUAAUAACCAGGGGCCGGUUUUUAAAAACUUUUAAUCCAGAUAAAACUGAACCAGAUUUGUAUCCUGUUUUUUAGAAAAAGACAGUGUUGGAUUACAUUUAUCCAGAUCAGAAAUAAUCACGAUUACGAAGUCAGUUUUGUUUUUUUUUCCAAGGUGUGCUUCUUUAUUCACAAUACAGCUAAAGGGGAAAAAUAAUAGGAGGACCAUAUGAGUGCACAAAUUUACUUGGUUGUGAGAUUAAACAAACAAACAAUAAACAAAUAAGUAAAUAAAAAAAUAACUAUACUGGUAAUCAUGGUAUUCAACUGAAGAAGCAUUAGUUUACAUAAUUAGCACAAAAUAUUGCACAGAAUCUAAACCGAAUGCAAAGAUUUAAACAUCUUCCUCGCUCGGGCGUCCUGCAUCUCUCUGAAGCUCUUUAAACAUCCUCCUCGCUCUGGCGUCCUGCAUCUCUCAGACGCUGUUUAAGGAGGCAAAAUUUUAGAGUUGUGUUCGCCUGUCGUGGGCUGCAGAUCUUGACUGAAGUCAGUGGGUACAGGCUCGUAGGUGGAGUACUCUUUGCCUCCUGUAUUGUCCACAUUAUGGUACUCUUUGCCUCCUGUAUUGUCCACAAUGUGAUACAGCUCCGACUCUCCUCCACUAGCAACUGAGGAUAUUCCGUGGAAAGCCGGUGAUCGUGUUUCUCCAAUGCUGUCUAAGACCAAAUCUGUGAAAUCCUCACGUCAAUAUGGUUUGUUGCCAGUUUGGGGGUAUUUGGCUUCAAAUUUUUCUAUCUUAACUUCAUUUGAUCCAAGAUUUUUUUUUGGCCAGACCGAGUGGAAUUCACUUGGUUUAAAAUAUCAACCCAAGCUGCAUUUUUGUCUUUAGCAGUGUUGCUCGAAUUACCCCGAGCUGUGCUGCCACUAAAACUAGACACAAUUACGAAAUAAUGAUGUUUAAUUCCUUUUAGGAGAGCAUGCGUUUCCGAAAUGGUGACAUUUGUCCCUUUACUGUGAGUAACAGCAACCACUUCUUCCUCCAUAUUUGACUUCUUGCUAACAUAGUGUGUGCUACUUAUUUUAUUGUUUAAAUAGGCUGUUUAAUACAAUGUAUACAUCAUUGCCAGUUGCCUUCUAAUGGUGGGAGUUAUGUGAGGAUUUCAUUGUAAUAGGCUACAGUAGGAAAGGUGUCAAUAAAAACAAAGUGUUAGAUAAUUAGGGACAAAUCAGGGUUGUGGACUUGUAUUAGCCUUUCCAUGUAUAUAUGGGGAUAUGAAGGUAAAGGAAAAGCAGCUCUCCACCAAUGUAAAAAAUACUGAAAGAAAAUAUACAGUGAGCGACCAACACCACUGGAGCAAUACACCAAUGAUGAACUUUACACACAAUACCGAUUUGGCCUUAAUGAUAUUAGAUAUAUCGCAGACCUGGUUCGACCAAAUCUUGAACGCAGUACUUUAAGGAGCCAUUCAUUGUCUGUAGAAAAGCAGAUGCUUACUGUUACAUUUCGUAGCGACUUACAGCAGAUUGCUCUAACAAAGCGCAAUUUUUUUGCUUUGGCAAAUAUGCCUAACACUAUCGGAGCUGUAGAUUGCACGCAUGUGCAUAUUCAAGAACCUCAUGAAUGUGAAUGGGAGUUUGUCAACAGAAAAGGACAUCAUAGCAUCAAUGUGCAACUGAUAGGUGAUGCAGAUUUUAACAUAAUUAACUGUAUAGUGAAAUAACCAGGCUCUGUUCAAGACUCAAGAAUCUUGAGAGAGAGUGGCAUCUACCAGGAAUUCCAGAGGAAUCGACCGGGUGGUGUAAUAUUAGGUGACAGUGCCUAUCCACUUUUACCGUGGCUGAUUACGCAUUUUGCCAUAUCUAAAUACACAUGUUUCAGUCUACCCAUAUCUAAAUACACAUGCUUCAGUCUACCCAUAUCUAAAUAUACAUGCUUCACUCUACCCAUAUCUAAAUACACAUGCUUCAGUCUACCCAUAUCUAAAUACACAUGUUUCAGUCUACCCAUAUCUACAUACACAUGGUUCAGUCUACCCAUAUCUAAAUACACAUGCGUCAGUCUACCCAUAUCUAAAUACACAUACUUCAGUCUACCCAUAUCUAAAUACGCAUGCUUCAGUCUACCCAUAUCUAAAUUGGUUUGUUAGAAACAAAAACUUUAAUGCAGCGCAUGUGCAUUUCAACAGUGCCCAUGUUCAAUAGAAUGCAUAAAUGGGGUGUGUAAUCGAUGACUCGCUUGUUUGAAUUACCUGCGUGUGGAUCCGUCAUGUGCAUGCAACAUUAUUCUAGCAUGCAUUGUAUUGCACAAUAUUCCUAUUAUGUGCAAGGUGCCAUUCACUGGGGAGAACUUGAAUGAUGACUUUCCAGAUCCUCAAGAACACCACCAUGAUACACCUUUAACAUCACAGCAGGAUCGACUUGCUGGAUGUGCAAUGAGAGAUGCCUUUGUAAAGAACUACUUCUAAAAAGGUCCUGUUAAAAUUUAAUUUAAACCUUUACAUUAAAAGACAUGUAGGCGUUAUUUUUAAUUUUUUUUCUUCUGAAUAGCACGCACACACAUGUGGGUGUAUAGUCUAUAUUUGUUGGACAAAUGACAUUUCCCAUUAUCAGGAUUUAAUUAUGCUCUCAUGCAAACAGCGUUUUUUUCAUUUUCUUUAUUUGAUAGAUGCUGUUAUUGAAGUGUUACAACAACAUGAAUAAUACAAUAAAAGAAACCGUGGAUAAUGUAUUACAUUAUUUUUAAGAUAUAUUAUGUUUUCCAUCAAAAUGGAGAUGAAAUGUAAUUGUUUUACGGAGUUGUAUAACUUAAGUCCACCUUCUGAAUAAGAUCAGAAACAACAUCCGGAUCAGAAAAAUCUUGAUCGCAUUUAAAAGUUUUGAAAACCCCAAUUUUGAGAUACAAUCAAACAGCAAAAUCCGAUUUCCAAAGUUUUGAAAACCAGCCCCAGACGGUUAAUAUAGGAGAUAUCAACUGGAAGAGUCCAUUGAAAAAGUUGCUCCCCAGUUAUUAUAUAGAACUAUCCUGGAACCACAGGGUAAGUCUUGUAUUGUUUCUUGCUUAUUCAUCAUAGCUUAAACACUUGGUUUUAAAUGGUAGUUUUAUUUCAUUAGAAAAGAUCCAAACCUGAAGUGCCAAGAGUUCUGCUGUAAAUCAACAGCUUAACAAAUAGCUGCCUUGGACGUAUUAUUUACCACCUUUUUGUACAGGAAAUGUAACAAGUAUUUGAAAUAUUUUAUAAAUGUAAUGAUAACUAUGCAAUUCAAGUUUUAGGACUUUAUUUUCAAAGUGUUUACUCCAGUCUUUAAUUAAAUCCUAUUUUUUGAAAGAGGUAAAAACAGUUGUUCAUUUUACAAAACUAGAACCAAACACCUAAGUAAUCAGUAUUUCAAGUUCUCUUGAAUACUCUCAAGGAGUUGGUUUCUCAUUCUGUAACACUGAGAUGGAUUUCUCUCCUUUCAAACUACAGGGGUUAAAUAAAGAGCAGAGGACACACUUGAAUUAACUCGUUAUGCUAGCAUAGGUAAAAUAUUAUCACAGAGCAGCACCUCCAUCAUCUCUCACAAACGAUCACUGAUUGCUGGACUCUGGUUUAUGCAAUGUCACAUGUUGUCUAUCUACAUUUUUAAAGGCAUUUGUCUUACUCCUCCCCCCCACCCCCCCCUAAGGAGCUCUAUAUCUGAAUAUAGGGAAAUGUGCUCUAGCAGAAUGGUUGUCCUACCCUUGACAUUAUUAUUCCACGUCCUACCAAACAAGUGUUGUAAAGACUGCUGCUUCCCUGGACAGAGGAGCGUUAUUUAAAUGAUAUUAUUAUUAUUAUUAUUAUUAUUAUUAUUAUUAUUAUGUUGUUGUUGAGAUUAUUAUCCUGAUAUUGGUGUAUACCUGUAGCAAACCAGUGGGGAAAAAAAAAAAAAAAAGUUAUAUUAAAACAAUAUAUAUUUAUUUUGUAUCUUGAUGUGAAUAAAAUGUGUCUGUGAAGUUGUGCAACUGCA